AUGAGGAAGUUAGUUUCAAAAAAACUUUUCAUUCGAUUGCAAACAUAUUGCAACUUCAGAAGCACUGAGAAUUUCGUGGAGUAAAGAUCCAUUACGGGUUUGCAAAGACAAAAUGCAGUCAGAUAUACAUAUUCAAGUCUGAUAUGAACGUUUCAUAACUGACAAUCUUAGGCCUAUAGGAGAUUACUACCCUGCAGAGAAUAAGCAUAUUAGGGCUUAUACGUGUACCGGUGUAUUACUGUCAUAUCUGAGGGCAACUAUCUUCCAGAAAUCUACCGAAGCAGUAUGUCGCAGAAAGAAAGAACAAUGAAUAUGAAAAAAGAACAACACAUGUUUCGAUUCAAGCCAGGAUUUCGGGACAAGGAACAACUUGUGAUCAGCAAGCUUUUCUCAUUAGGAAUUGGAGAACGCCCGGAGAUCCACCUGUUUACCGAUGGAUCCAAAGAACCCGAUUCUAUUAUCAAGGUAAAGACGUUCGCUGCCGUGCAAGAAGGAGACCAAGUCCCGAAGAUUGUGAAGGCGAAGCACGACAAUUAUAUCUGUGUUGUCGGCAGUGGAACAAAAGGAAAACCGACUUACAUUCGUACAGAUACAAGAGAGCAAAGGGAUGAGUGGUGCAGGCUUUUACAGACAUUGAUGUCCAUGAAAACUACGCCGCAUCAACAGCCAUUAGAACCCCAUCGUGGAAGGACACAAACAGACGCUACCUCUAAUAGACCGGCCGUAUCUCGGGCUAGGAAAGGAGCACACAUUACCGCCCCCGGCAGCAUGCAAGGCAUUUUCCAUGCUGAGCUGGACAAAGUUAUUAAGAAAAGGGUCAAUCAAGUAGAAAGCAUCGAUGAAGAUGGUAACGACACUCAAGUCUGCUGUGGACUUCAUCACAUAGAGGCGGCGGCAACUAAUGACGGCGAUCAAGAUACCUACGAGAAUGUUCACCAUGUUCACAAUUUGGAUGAUUGGCGCAGACAGCAGCAAACUUCCAAACAGGCCCUAAAGAUGAACCAAGAAUUAUACCAAGAUUUCCAUGAGACAAACAUUCUUCAGGAACAGCUUGGGCAGCCAGAAGAUGAUUACGAGACCCCUGUAAGUUUUCAGAAUUUCCUACCGAGAAGUGAAAACCGUCUUUCUGGAUCCAGUACUUCGUCCGAAGAAUCUGAAGGAGGUGCUUCAGCCAUGUCCGCUCCUCGGAGCCUCCGCAGCAAUAAGGAACCAGUAGAGAGUAGCUGGCCACCUUCUCCCGUGAAUUCGGAUGAGUCGGAACCUGAAUAUCAAGCAGAACGUAUGAACUUAAAAAUAAGUAAAGCAGAAUCACGUGAAGAAUUAGUUUUAUGUUCCAAGGAACCAGAGGCUAGUUUAUGUCUUGAUGAGCAGGAUGAGCCACUCUAUGUAAAUACAUCCCUCUUUCAAAGAAAACCAGGAACAAUUAUUUCCAGAACUCCAACUCUGACUAGAACUCCCCGAGACUACACGUGCAAACCUGUUGUGCCAGAGCGGACACAGAGUGUGAAGAAGAACCAAGUUCCUCCAAAACUACCAAAAAGAAACACAGCCAAGAACAAGGAGGUGAUUGAAGACAAAUGCAGAAAACUCAAGGAUGAGAAGCUGGCGGGAUUAGCAGAAGUACAGGUAGCAAAAACCACUGUCGUCCGUAACCUGCCGGAGUUGCGUCUAAAGAAAAUCAAUGAUUGUAUUUUAAUUACAAACGUUCCUGAAGAGCUCAAGGAUCACUUCUGUACCGGUGACCAAUUGUUGCAGGUUAAUGAUACCAACCUAAACAGCGUUUGCUUUGCUGAAACCUGCGUUCAAAUGUCAGAUAAACCUGAGAUCAAGAUCACAGUGAGAAGGAUCCCAUUUGGUACAAUAUGUGACUUCCCAUGGACUUCACAAAGAGAAGCCGAUAUAGGGCUAAAAAUACAGGGAAACGAGAUUGAGCGUGUACAACCAAUCGGUUUGGCUCACCGAAGAGGGUCUCUACAGUCCAACGAUACCACCUGUAUGAAUACUGUUGGUUUGAGAUGCAACUACGUCAUCACCGAAAUCAAUUUUGAUCCUGUGCACCCCGAUGCAUCCACAGAAGAGGUAUGGGAUACGAUCAAGAAGACACCCGGGAUUGUAGUUCUUAUCCUUCAUCCGGUGGACUUCCGUACGGUACAGAGGGGCUACUGUAACGACGACGACGGUCUUUACCAAAAUUCCAAUCUGCCAAUCGAUCCAAGUUCACAUUUGCAUAGUACACAUGCAAAGUUCUGAGCGACAAACAUUCGCCGAAACACAAUCAGAAUGGCACUCUGACCGAGGACACAGUGUGCACAGGACGAUAUUUAGGAUCACUUUGGCAGCCUAGCUACACAUCAUUCUAAUGCAACGUCAGUAAGACACCGUAACAUUUUGUGACACUUGUAGAUAGGCAACGAAAUGGCAGAGGUCACAGAUGAAAAGCCGUUUUUAUCAAUACACUGCGCCAGCCAGUAUGAGUUUUUUAUAUUUAUAUCAUCACGCCUCUUGGCGUUCCAUAUCCACGAUAUGUUGUGUUAAUGAUGCUUUAUAUUUUCGUGGAAUGUUGACUCGGUCACGGUUCAUUAAACUCAUCCCAAUCUAUACUUUGAUCGUCUGACAUUUCACCCCACUUUUAUGUUUUUUUCGCCGAAUGUGACUCAAGUGAAAGCAAUGCUGUUAUGAGACCCAAUUGCAGAAAAAGACCCCUAUUUGAUUGUCUUGUACUUGUCAUCCAAAAUGUUACAAUCUGUGAAAGGGCGUA